AUGUCCCUCAGCAGUCUCAGAGGUCGCCCGCCCACGCAGUUCCUACCCCCGGCUGGCGCCUACUACUACCAAUUCGACAUCAUCGCACUAUUCGGCCCGGAUUUACCUAGAAUGGGUCUCUGUAGUCACUGUCUACAGCCUGGGUGCGGGUCUUCCGAAGAUCCUAGCGGAUGCGUGAACGCGUGUGGCAUGUGUGGAUGUAAGGACCAGCACGCGAAGGGGCUCUGCACUAUUGCCUACUGCUCGUACAAGUGGCGCAAAGACCACGGAUGUACUCCAGACCCAGAUGACAUGAUUGCGCUACGUCCCGGAAUGAACCAGAUCGCAUAUCUUCAUGGUCUGGGGAUUAUACAGACUAUGUCUCAUGUCUCCAUGGACGUCUUGCCGGAGAUGGACAAUACUGAUGUCAAGGAAUACUACGCCGACCAUACAAUACGGUACAGUCAUCGCCUCCGCGUCCGCACUCCCAUCCUGUGGAGCCACGAGAACGGGUAUAGGAGCGCCGCUAUGACAGUCAAGGCCAACCCCAAUGAGGCGGUAGCAGCUCCCGCCAACGGCGUCGAAACUCGUCUUCUAGAUCUCCAAGCACACGAUCUGCCCUUCAUCGGCUCCCCUCUCGCUAGAGCCAUCCGUCAAGUCACCGAAGAGCCUUCUUCGCACCCGGCAAUGACAAUCCCGGGUCUUUGGCUCCAGCCACAAGCUCCGCCAGACAACAACAUGCAGCUCCGGAUCGUCCCUCCCGCCAACACCAUCACCGUACCUUCUUCAUCCUCGUCGGAAAACCCCCGCUAUCCUGCUCUGUCCCCUACGGCUAGCCUACAACUGCACUACGAGAAGCUGCUGCAUGAGCGCGACCAGCGAGAGCUUCAAUACAUUGAUGAGAGCAAGGACAAGGACAGGAUGAUCAGAACGCUCAAGGCCAAGCUUGGAUGGUCUUUGGACUAG